ACCGGCGUUGACGAUAAGAUACAAGACCGACGGUUAGUGGUUGAUCUGCUGGCCAUCCUGUUCGGGACCGGCGCGUGGCUUGGUAUCAAUUCGAUGUACGUGCAGCUCCCGCUGCUGGUCGGCAAUGCACCGGAAAGCUGGAACUUGCCGUCCUAUCUGGUCGUCAUCAUCCAGCUGGGGAACAUUGGUCCGAUCCUGUACACGGCCGUGCAGCGGCUGAAGUCCUUCCGCGACUCAUAUCUCAUCGUCGGUCUGCUGCUGGUCGGCGCGGGCUCAGCCAUGGCCACCGCGUUCGUCUACGACCAGACCGUCUGGGUGUUCGGUGAGGACCGCUCGGUCCCCCUGUUUGUGACGGUGUUUGGCCUCGCGCUGGUCGGCUGUACCAGCUCGGUGCUCUUUAUGCCGUACAUGGGACGCUUUCGGGACAUCUACCUGAUCACCUAUCUGAUCGGCGAGGGGCUCGGCGGCUUCGUGCCGAGCAUUGUGGCGCUGUCGCAGGGUGUCGGUGGCAACGGGGAGUGCAUCCUGGUGAACAACGGCACCGACUCGCCGCCACUGUACACCAACUACACGCCACCGCCACGAUUCGGCACCCGAACCUACUUCAUCAUUGCGUCCGGCAUCAUGGCAAUCAGUUUGGUUUCCUUCGUGCUGCUCGAUCGACUGAAGGUGUGCCGCAAGGAGUACGCAGCCAUCACCAUUGCCAACGGCAACAGCUAUACGUACCAGACGAAGACAUCCGACAAUGUGGGCGACAGUGCGGAAGCCGAGCGUCCCACCCAAGAGGACACAGUUGCGCGGAUCAGCAGACGAAACUACCUUUCACUGAUGGUCCUGAUCGGCGUGUUGUGUUUGUUUGGGAACGGGUUCUUUCCCAGCAUUCAAUCGUACUCCUGUCUCCCGUACGGCAACGUCGCCUACCAUCUCUCGGUGACGCUCAGCAGUAUGGCCAACCCGGCCGCCUGCUUUCUAGCGUUCUUUGUCCACCGGAACUCCAUCCGGUCGAUCGCGUUCCUGUCGCUGCUGACGGUGCCCUUUGCGGUGUACGCCAUCACCACCGCCAUACUAAGCCCGGAUCCUCCACUAAUGCACCACACGAUGGGCGACAUUCUCCUGAUAUCCUGCUGGACGAUAUUGAUGGGAUUGAUAAGCUACAUCCGACUAGCCAUCACCACGCUACUCCGCUAUGAAGGUGGCCAAACGCUCGUCUGGGUCGGUGUGUCAACACAGCUUGGCUCGCUCGUCGGUUCGCUGCUAUCCUUCUCGCUGGUCAACUUUACUGACACCUUUGAGCAGUACUACCCAUGCUAG